GCUUCCAGGAGAUCGUGCCUUACCUGUUCAGCCAGGAGUGCUGCCUGACCUCUGGUAUCCUCCAAGCAGCAUGGUGAGCCUGAAAAGGACAGUUCUCUGCUUGUUGCAGCCUUUCAUGACCAUAUCCAAGAAUUUCCUAUUUUUUUUUGCUGCAUCCCUCCUCAGAAACUCAGAGACAUUUCUUAACCCUACAGAUAAUUUUAGAUCUCUGAUCUGCCAAAGGCCCUGGCAGAGGAAGGGCUGUUGUUUGGUAGCCUGUUGUACCUGAAGAGCCCUUUCCUGUGUUUGAAAUGAGAGGUUAUUUUUGAUACUGUUUCUGAUUGUUUGCUAUGGGUACUCCUGGAGUAUUUCCAAGUUUUCUAAGUGUUCUUGUGUCUUCUCCCUGUUUUGGUUUGUUUCAUUUUUUUCUAUUUUUUUUUCUGUGCUUAUAUCCCUCUGCUUUCCACCAGGCUGGAAAUGGAGAACAUGUCUUGGAGUUCCCUGCUCAAGAUUCCUGUUUCCAGACUCUCUGUGUCUGGCUGUCCUCAGAGCACUGUUGGCCACUGCAGAGAGCAGAAGGGAGCUCUGCUUGGCCGCUGCUCUGACCAUGCAGUGCCACUGGUGUCCUACAGCUGCAUGGCAGAGCACUGCAGCAGGUGAGUUACACACCAGUUUAGAGCCUGGCUGGUAACAGCUUUUGUUUCCAGCUUCAAUGGUGUAAUUUGUAUUUAUCUGUGUUUUUAGGAGUAAUGUGUUUCAGUCUGAGUGAGACAAUUUAAUACAUAUCCCACAGUACAGCUUUCACUCCUGUGGGAAUAGGGGUAGUGGUGUGAGGUAGCAGGAGGUCAGCUUUUUCAUCUGCUACACCCUUCCUGAAAGAUCUUGGGCAAGCCCUUCAGUCUGUUUAUGUCUCAAUCUGUCUGGCUGUGUAGACAAGAGAGGAAGGCACUGCCCCCCCUCACAGCCCCUGCUCUUUCACAGUGAGAGGAGUUACUUCCUUGUGCGGGGAUCACCUUCUGCUGUGUUUGGAUGUAAUGGUCUGAUCUCUGCGAGCUCUAGAAGCAACUUACUGUAAAUGAUGCUAAUAACGACCCCAGCACUCUGUAUACUUCUCAUUGUGCCUGCAUGAGGCAACAUCUGUGUGUGUUUAGAUAAGCUGGGAGCAGCUGGAUUUGCACCGGCUGCUGUAAUCACAGUGCAGCUCUCUGCUGGUCACUGUGUGUGCGGGUGGGGACGGCGGGGAACACCACUCCGUGUCCUUUGCAGUCCCUGCAUCCUGUGCCUACUUGUGGCACUCUCGUCUCUCUCACUUAUGAAUGAGUGGGUGAGGGAGGAGAGGGCUGGGCUGGGCUGACUCCUUCACAGAUGAACCAUAAGGAGCACAGGAGCUGAAACACAAUCUCCUCCUCCUUUCCUGCGCUGGUUCACGGACAGUCUUGCUCACAGCUGGGAGGAGGACAGCCUCACCAUCAGCCUGAGGAGGAGAGAGGAGAAGGGAAGUUUUGUGCUCUUCACAUUGCAGGCAAAACCUCUUUGCAUGAACUCUGCUAACAGGUUAUUAACAUCCUGCAGCAAGUCAUCACUUCAGCCUAAAGGCUGGUGGAAGAGAUAAAGUCUGCAUGAAAACUAAACGCAAUUAAUUCUUACAUUCAGGACCCUGAUGAGUGAUACACGGGGAGAAACAGAAGAUGGUGAAUUUCACAGCGAAUGUGACUGAGAAGUGCAAUAUUAAUCAUGAUAUCCAUGAGACAUUAUCCCCCGUGGUGUACAUAUUUGUGUUUAUAUUAGGCUUGCCAGCUAACUGCCUGUCACUGUACUACGGGUAUUUACAGAUCAAAGCUAAAAAUGAAUUAGGUAUCUACCUUUGCAAUUUGACUAUAGCAGACCUGCUGUACAUAUUUUCUUUGCCGUUUUGGCUUCAGUAUGCUUUACAGCAUGACAACUGGACCUACGAUGAGCUGCUGUGCAAGGUUUGUGGCAUCAUCCUGUAUGAGAACAUCUACAUCAGCGUGGGCUUCCUGUGCUGCAUCUCCAUCGACCGCUACCUGGCCGUAGUGCACCCAUUUCGGUUCCAGCGCUUCCGGACCAUGAAGGCUGCUGCCACUGUGAGCAUCAUCAUCUGGGCCAAAGAAAUCAUGACAUGCUGCUUUGUCUUCACGCACGGGGAGAUCAGCAUGGACGCUGAGAGCCACUUGGUGUGCUUUGAGCAUUACCCCAUCAAGAAAUGGGAGCACAAUGUCAAUUACUACCGCUUCUCUGCUGGCUUCCUUUUCCCCUUCUUUCUGCUCGCCUUCUCCUACUGUGGGAUUUUACGGGUUGUCCACAAGAGUCCCGGCACUCAAAAGAAGAAGAAAAUCCAAAUUAAAAGGCUGGUUUCAAGCACUGUUUUCAUAUUUUUAGUCUGCUUUGGACCAUACCACAUCCUACUUGUGGUUCGUAGCUUGUUGGAGAACAACUGCUCAUUUGCUGAGAAAAUAUUUAAUGUUUACCAUAUUUCUCUCCUGUUAACUACCUUUAACUGUGUUGCUGACCCAGUAUUGUACUGUUUUUCCAGUGAAAGCACUUACCAGAACUUUGUCAAGAUGAAAGAUUCUUGUCUAACAUGUUUAGGCCAUCGGAGUACUGAGACGAAGGAAUCCUAUCCACUGAACCCUACUGAAACUCCCAACAGGACGCAGCAUGAACAACAACCAGGGUUAUUGCAAAUACCACUUGAUGGUGCUGGAAUGAAGGACUGCUUCACAACUAAUGUAGACAGCCUAUAGCUUUAAUCAAAAGGACCUUAAUCCUACAUCUGCAGCUGUGGCCAUGUUUGUGUAUCUGUCUGAAUUAUUCAUGUAUUACAACAGUGUGACCUCUCAAAGGCUUGUGAGCAAUGUACAGUGAAGCUGUUUCUGGAGGUGCUUGGAUCCUGGCAAUACUGUAUGUGCUAAGUCAGUUCAGUUAUAAUCACAUAUCUGUUGUUGUGCUACCACUUAAAACCUGUUUGUCUUAAUGACUGCAUUGACUGGAACAAGCCAGUACUCUUGGUGUGUAGCUCUGGUGAACUCAUCUUUAGCUGCUUUCUGUUUGCCCUUGUAACAUCUAGAGAAAGUAAUUCUCUACAAGCUGUCAUAAUUGUUGAAAAGGUAUGAGACAGAAAAAAUUAAAUGUCCCCAUAUGCACUUUUAAAAAGAAAAAGCCCAACAAAACACUUCUGCAACAUCUCUGUAACUCUCUGAAAUAAGUUCUCCUUCUGCCAGUUUCAAAGCCUGCAGAGACCACGCCAGAACCAGAUUGCUGAAACAAUGAAUCCAAUAGUGCGAGACAUUAUGGGAGAACAUGCACAAGGAACUGAGCACCUGCCGAGACCUUCAGGCUGUUAUUUGACUGCUGAAUCUCAGACUAUUCAACCUCAUCAAGGCUCCUAGAGACUUCUGGAAGUAUGAGCCUCUGUGCUCCAAUGGGUGUCAAUAACUUGGUUUGUUGACUCAGAAGAGAACAAGAGGUUGGUAGUACAUGAGUCACUCUGAUCCCAUGUGCGUCUCUGAGUCACUGGGUUCAAGAAUAUUUAUUUACACCUAAAUUCUGCUACACCUUGCUACGGUUUUGAUUGUGUCCUUUGCAAUCUGUGUAUCUGUUGCAGCACAGAUCAUGCAGGCAACUAAAUAACAAUGCAUUUGUCAGGGAAACUGUUGAAUCAAUUCUGUUCAAGCUCUGGUUUUGCCCAGGUAAUAUAGUUUAUAGAUUGGUCACUGUUCAGUAAAUACAGUAUCAGAAAUAUGAUGUAUGAAUAAUCUGUGUCCUGGUUUAGACAGAAACAAAAUAUAGGAGUAAAUGGAGCAUAAUGGCUUCUAAAGAUGUGGGAGUUGUGCUCCACAGUAUUGUUUCUAACACCACCUCUUCUCUAGGUUUUUUGGGGUUUUUUGUUGCACUGUGGAAUCCUGCGUGAUUCUUCUUGUGAUCUGCUCAUCACACCUUCUUGUACCUGUAGCUGUUACACCAUGAAUAUUGCCCUGUCCUUUCAGUUCUCUGGUUUCAGACCUUCCUUGAAACACCUCUGUGUCUGCAGCCCGGAGCUGGUAACUUCCAGCAGUAUACUCAGUUUUGUUUCUUUGGUUUGCUUUUAAGUCAAAACAUCAUCUAGACAGAUGGUCUACCCCUGCCACCUGCAUAUGUCAUUGCAACACAGCCUUGCUUGUCAUCAGACUCCAAAAGGAAUAUAUUCUAACAGCUUUCUGGAAACUACCUUGAGAGUGCAAUAUUUCAUAUAAUUAGUAGAUGUGUUUAAUAGAGAAUGUUUUUAUAAUUUUCUUUUUAUAUUUUUUCACAGUAUGUCUGAAAUACUAUCUUUUAUCUUUGGCCCACAGUUUCUAUUUGUGAGACUACAGAUCCUCUCCUCCCUCCUCUUGCAGAAAGGAUUCAUGUCCCCACUCCUAAGAGGGGAUUAGGUUUGCUUAGGUUAACAUUUGGUUUGUUUAAUUAUUUUACAUUUCUUUAUACUUAGACCACUCAGCUGGAUUAAUUACUUUACAUCUGCAUUUUUUUCUCCUGACUAUUAGCACUGUUUAGCUUUAUUUUCUCCUAAUCUUUCAUCUCAUCUGCUGUGUUUUCCAAGGGCAUCAUAAGGCAGGGACUCCCUCCCAACUUCUACAGUGCUGAGCUUGUUCAUUGUUAAGCACCAACUCCUUGGACCUCCACGACCUGUCAGGCUGCAAGACACACGGGGUUUGUUCUAGGAUUAAAUAUUUGUUGUCAUGUUGAUGCGUUGCUUCUUUACAGAUCCCCACGCUGUUUAAAUUAGACAAUGGAAUGCAGAGCAUGCUGUGCUACAUGGAAUUGUCAUCUGAGGGAUUAAGGCUCAUUUGAGUUGGUGCUUUGAUGUGGGCAGCUUUGGUCAGCUGCUGCAGUUUAAAUCAGAUGGAAACUUGUGUAGCACAGCGCAGCAUUCUGCUACAGUUCUCAGCACCUAACCUGCUAACUGCAGCAGAGAUUUUUUUUUCUUCUUUUCUCCCUUUUUUUUUCUUGAGGCCAAUAUUUUAUCAAUCCUUUCUAUACUGUAACUGUUUGGCUCAGGCUGCAGAGCUGUAACCAAUAUAGCAGGAAGGUAACAGGUAACUCCCACUCAGAGCUUUUUCUUCCAUCUCAGUGAAAACACAUUCACUCAAGGCUCCUGCUAAGGUUUCUAGAGACAUGCUACACAUCCUAUUGAAGUAAAUGUCAUGCCUGUGACUGCACAUAAGAACGCAUUUUAAGAGCAUGCACUAGAGAAAAAAGAGAAAUAAAUGAUUAAAUUUUGUAUUUCUUAAUGAAAUCUAACAGUUAAGACUUGUGUUUUGGGGGGAAAAAGAGCAAAAGCUUACUAAAUGAAUUUUUUUUGACAAAAGUUAGUGCUUGAAAAUAUACAUAGCACCUGUUAGUGUAAUAUGUCAGUAGCACAGAGAGAAUAAAAUCAGCUGCUUCUUUCAAAAUGAUGCCAAUUUCAUUCUGUGAGUUCUGUGCAGCAGUGAACAUAUGCCAUCCUACAGGGUUACUGGCUUUGGCAAAAAGUUCAAGCAUUUGUAUGAAAUAUUUUACUUAAUACUUAUAGUUUGGAGAGUUUGGAGACUUCUAAAGGAGAUAUUUUCUAAUUGUGAAACUUCCAAGAUACUUUUCUAGAACAUCCUUUGAGAAGGUUUUAGAUACAAUGAAUCUAAAAAAAGAGAUUGAUCUAGAAAAUAAACAUGGGGAUCUCUGGUGAACCUGAAUGUCUAGCAGAAGACUGGCAUCAAGAUUUCUUUCUGUCAUGUGUUUAACUAUUGUAUGUUUUUAAAGGCUCUGUACCCUCAGGGACUUCAGGAGAUUAAUGUUCAAAAUAUGCUGGGGUUUGUGGUAUGAAAUUAUUUUUCUCAUUCUGAAAUCUCGUCUCACAUCGAAGAAGGAAAAUAGAACUCACCUGCCAGGAAGGAAAAAAGAUACAAAGUGUUGCUCACUGCUGGAACUCCAACAAAAAAGCAACUUCCAUUUUAUGACAGGUAAAGCUGCAGUGUUAUAGAGGUGGUGUCAGAUGUACUCUCCCCUCUCUGCUGUGAGGGUUGACAGCCGGCAGAACUUCAGUCCUGACACUCAGCCUGGAGUCAAGGUAAAG